UCUCCGUUAAGUGUGUGAAAUGUCCGUAAACGCCGUUUCCUCUUCGUCCACUGAAUCUGAAAGUGAAAGCUCCUUGUUCUUCCUUGUGCUGCUGCUGCUGCUCUUAGCUGACCUAGAAUCUGAUCGUAGCCUUCAGUCAUGGAAGACGAAGACGCCUGCAACUCCUCCACAAAUACAAACACUGGUGGUGGUGGUGGUGCUAGGUAUAAGCUCAUGUCACCUGCUAAACUUCCCAUCUCAAGGUCCUCCUGCAUCACCAUCCCUCCAGGUCUCAGCCCUACCUCCUUCCUCGAAUCCCCCGUCCUCCUCACCAACGUUAAGGCAGAGCCUUCUCCAACCACCGGUUCUUUUUUUAAGAGUCAACCAGUGCAAAGAUUAAGCAGCUCUGCAGCUUUCUCCUUGAAUGGCAACUAUUCUGGUAGCAAGUCCUUGGAUGACAGUAACUGCAGCUUCUUUGAAUUUAAGCCACAGACUGGAUCGUCUUCUCUAGGACUUGAGGUUUCUGCAGGUUACAACAUCCAGAGAAGCAGUGUACCAAAUAAAGACAGAAGUCAGUAUCAGUUAUAUGCAGCACCAAAUGAAGAGGAAACAUUAGCAAAUGGGGUGGAGGGGGAGGGGCAUAAGGUUGCAGGUGAUGAUCAUGAUGGAUAUAAUUGGCGAAAGUAUGGUCAGAAAGUGGUGAAAGGAAGUGAAUUUCCUAGAAGCUAUUAUAAGUGUACUCAUCCCAACUGUGAAGUGAAGAAGAUCUUUGAACGAUCUUGUUAUACUGGGAAAAUCACAGAGAUUGUGUAUAAGGGUACACAUGAUCAUCCCAAACCUCAGCCUACCCGUCGCCUCAAUCCAUCAUCAAUACUUAUACAAGAGGAGGAUCGUCAUAAUGCUACUGAUAAAGUAUCAUCUAUGGCCAUAACUGGUCAACCUCAACCAGGCCUUUCAGCAAAAGCAAAUAAUAAUAAUAAUAAUAAUAAUAAUAAUAAUAAUAACUCGGACACCAGUGGAACUCAAGUGGAUGAGAACAACACUCGUGAUGAGGAUGAUGAAGAUGAUGAUCCGUAUCCAAAAAGGAGGCGAAUGGAUUAUGAUGUAACCCCGGUGGUUAAGCCUAUCCGUGAGCCACGUGUGGUUGUCCAAACCAUAAGCGAGGUUGACAUAUUGGACGAUGGAUACCGUUGGCGUAAGUAUGGCCAAAAAGUUGUGCGGGGUAAUCCUAAUCCCAGGAGUUACUACAAGUGCACAAGCGGUGGAUGUCAGGUUAGGAAACAUGUAGAAAGGGCAUCCCAUGACCCGAAAGCAGUGAUCACCACAUAUGAAGGGAAACACGAUCAUGAUGUGCCUAUUGCAAGGAAUGGAAGUCAUGAUGUUGUUGGGAAUCUAAGGAAUACAAGAGCAGAGGAGGAUGUUGGUAUUGGUGUAUCCCUUGAUCUUGUGGUUAAUUCUACUGAUUACAAACCUCAAUUGGCAUGCUAUGCCUAUGGGGGUGGUGUCUAUCGAUCUAGGGAGAAUGAGGUUGAACCCCAUCCCCAUCAUAAUAACUAUGAUUCUUCUAAUUCAUAUCCGCAAAACAUUGGGAGAAUACUGUUGGGACCAUGACACUUGCCUUGGCUGCUUUUUGCUUUUUUCAGAGCCUUACCUUGUGUGUAUGUUUGGGAAUUGGAGGCAAUAACUAACCAUUAG